GAAAAUAUUGUUUCGGAUUUUUCCAGGGACAGCGACCUUGGAAGUGAACAAGAGUCUAAACGAGAUGGAAAUCAUGACCAGCUUGAUAAAGAAAGAUAUGCUAGGUAUGAUUUACGCAUUUAUCCUAAAUAUUUCAGAGAAAGCCAUUGUGAAAUUGAACGCCGCAGAAGAAAUAAGAUGACUGCUUAUAUAAACGAGCUAUGUGAAAUGGUACCAACUUGCAGUUCUCUUGCUAGAAAACCCGAUAAGCUCACUAUUCUUCGCAUGGCCGUCAGUCACAUGAAAACUUUGCGUGGAACAGGGAACACUGGGCUUGAUGGAUCAUUUAAACCAUCCUUUCUCUCCGAUCAAGAGCUUAAGCACUUAAUACUUGAAGCCGCUGACGGAUUUCUAUUUGUUUGCCAAUGUGAUACAGGACGGAUUGUAUACGUAUCUGAUAGUGUGGCGCCUGUUUUGAACCAGACGCAGUCCGAAUGGUAUCAGCGUACUAUUUACGAGCUCUGCCAUCCUGAUGAUGCCGAAAAGAUACGAGAGCAAUUGACCGGAUGUUCUCUUCCGGCCCAAGGUGCCGCAGCAACCGGUGUUACCACAAUCUCGCCAACUAGCGUGUGCAACCAAAUUACUCAAGUUAGCUCCACAAGCUGCAUACCCAUUCAUAGCAUAUCAUCCGCCUCGUCCACCUCUUCAACAUCAUCCAGUUCAUCAACUACCAUCGUUACUUCUGAGCGUGUCGCGAUAUGUAGUCCUGCAUCAGUCAGAUGUCAGGCUUCAACAUCGCCUCCAAUUCUGGCGUCUAGUACUGUGUCAAUGUCAAAAGGACUUCGUAGCAAUGGGGAUGCUGAAUCAUUUGACGUACACGGACAGUCUAAUCUACAACAACAUCAUUCCUUGGUUCCAGUUUCAUCAGCACGUAUACUAGAUUUGAAAACGGGAACAGUCAAAAAAGAGGGACAGCAAUGUAAGUUACUAGAUAAUGAUAAAAAAAUUUACUAG